UUCUGUCCUUUCCAUUUGUUCUUACUAAGAAUCUUCUUUGUAUUUGGCAUCCGCGGAAAAAAGUCUGACCAUUGACAACCUGUUUAAAUGGAUAUUAAACUCCAACAACACUUGCAAACAGUCUGACCCUUUGUGCCACUGUUUGGGAACAAAUCUUUCAGCAUUUACUCUAAUUCUGUUUUCCGAGCUUUAACACUGCCUUUACUUUUUCACCUUUUUUCUUUUGUGCUAUGCUAAUGAAAGCCAGAAGAGGAAGGAGAUCUCAGGCCUUUUGGCCCUCCAUUGUGAUGAAGAAAUGGCUGAAUAUUGCUCCUAAAGUGUAUGAUUUUAGUGAAGAUGAAGUUGACACCGAAACGGAGAGUGAGGAUGAUGCUUGCUCUCUCAAAGAUGAAAGGGUGCUUGAAGAUCAUGGACAUAGAAAACCGGGGAAGCUUAACGAAUGCCAGACUCAAACUUCAGGCACUAAUCAAAACUGCAGGAAACCAAGACACAGGAGAGGGAAAUCAGAAACCUUGAGAGUUCAGUAUAUUAACAAGAAAGAUGUGAGAGUUACUGUGGGUACUUGGAAUGUGGCUGGAAGACUUCCAGAUGAGGAUCUAGACAUUGAUGAAUGGCUUUAUAUGCAACAACCUGCAGAUAUCUAUAUUCUUGGCUUCCAAGAGGUGGUCCCUCUGAGUGCUGGAAACGUACUGGGAGCAGAAAAUAGAAGACCAGUUCCAAAAUGGGAAGCCAUCAUCCGAAGAACAUUAAACAGGACACAAGACCCUGAAACUAAUAUCAAGAGUUAUAGUGCUCCACCAUCUCCAGUUUUAAGGACUUCUUCUGCUGCUGACAUAAUUGCUGAUACUCCUGCACUGGAUAUGAUGGCAGAUGCAUCACUGGACACAACUUCCUUUCGUGAAAACAAUACUAUCAACCUAGGAAAGAAUAUACAUUUCUAUGGCACUGAUUGUGAUAGUAGAUUGGAUUGGCCUGAACGUUCACUUGAUGCAACACCUCAAGUUCUUUCUUCUAGUUUCAAGUUGAGGAGAGUCUUGAGUAGUUGCGCGAGAGUUGGUUUUGGUAGCAUAGACAACCCUCUUGCUUUUGAUGGCAGAGGGUUAAAGAGGGUGCACCAAAGCUCAGGAAACUUAGGAGUAAUGUGGGUGGAUCAACAAGAUGUACCUCUAGUUCUUGAUUCUCUUUCUGAUCAAUUUCCUGACGAGGAAAAUGACUUGUUUGAAGAAUUUCUAGAGGUCAACAAAGAAGAAAGUUCAGUUCUAAAUCAUGCAGUGAAGUCACGUCCGAUGUAUGUUCGUAUUGUCAGCAAGCAGAUGGUUGGUAUAUAUGUAUCAGUUUGGGUACGUAGAAGAUUGAGGAGGCACAUAAACAACUUGCAAGUCUCCUCUGUUGGAAUUGGACUAAUGGGGUACAUGGGCAAUAAGGGAUCUGUUUCUGUGAGCAUGUCACUUUUCCAGUCACGGCUAUGCUUUGUUUGUUCUCAUUUGUCAUCUGGUCAAAAGGAUGGAGCUGAGCAAAGGCGCAACUCUGAUGUCAAUGAAAUCAUGAGGCGUACUCGUUUCUCAUCCAUAUUUGACACAGAUGCAGAUGAACCACAAACAAUUCCAUCUCAUGAUCAGAUAUUCUGGUUUGGAGAUUUGAAUUAUCGAAUCAGUAUGGUGGAUGCUAAGGUACGGAAGCUUAUCGCCAAUAAGCAAUGGGAUGAACUUCUCAAUAGUGAUCAGUUAAACAAAGAACUCCGAAAUGGACAUGUCUUUGCUGGUUGGAAGGAAGGGUUGAUUAACUUUGCACCAACUUACAAGUAUGAAAUCAACAGUGAUAGAUACAGUGGAGAAAUUCCAAGAGAAGGGGAAAAGAAGAGAUCACCAGCAUGGUGUGAUCGUAUACUCUGGGUUGGAACCGGUAUAAAACAGCUCUUCUACAAGCGAGCAGGACCAAGACUAUCAGAUCAUCGGCCUGUAAGUUCAAUGUUCUCAGUAGAAGUGGAAAUAUUUGACCAUAGAAAGCUACAGAGAGUUCUAAAUGUUAACACCGCUGCUAUACAUCCUGAGAUUCUGCUUGAAACUGAAGAGUAAGACUUGAAGCUUCUGCAAAUAACUUGCUAUCAAGCUUGACAGUAGAUCCCUGAUCCGGUCAAUGAGUGACACAUCCAUUCAACACACUUACAGGGAGCUUAACACAGUAGCUGAUAAACUAGCACAUUUUGGGAUGGAAAUGAUGGGCAGAAACAUCACUGUUUUGCACAAUCCACUAACUAAUCUCAUGGAAGACUUGCUUGCAGACAAAUGGGGAAGACAUAGAAAUAGACACAAAUCCACAACAACUAUUACACAACCAAACUCCGAACAUCCUUUUUGUAAAACUUUUGAUGUACCAUCUACUAGUAGUAACAUCACCCAUCCUUUUUGUAAUAGAGUAGUAGAUGAACAUGGCACUGACCAUUUACAUGCACACACCCACAGUAGUACUCUUCCAACUUUUUGUAACACUGCUUCUAAGCAGAAGCUCCAUGUACUUGAUCGUUAAUUAAUAGAAUGUAGUCUUUAAAACCAAAAAAAAAAAGAUAAUUAUUCCAUUGGAGAAACUGCUAGAAUACAACUUUGGAAAAGAGAUACAAUUGUAUG